UUCAGUUGGCCACUGCUUUUCUGGCGCAGUGAUCAUCUGGACGGAAAUUCGUGAAUGUUUGCGACAUGUCCUUUGCCUAGACGGAAUAUCACUCACGGACGCUGGUUGUUUGUGAGAAACGCCAGGUGAGGUUGUUUGCCAGAAGCAUUCACGCUCUGCUUUGUGAAACUCGAGAAGUUUAUUGCAGACAGUCGCAGGGUGAUAAAGCUGCUUAGUUUCCGUCUAUUUUGGUGCUUUAUCGUUGGAAGGGAGGCGAACGACAUUCUUUCUGUGUAUAAGGCCAGCUGAUAGGCGUUGGACCUUUUGUCCCGAGACCGGAGCUGUUUGUGUGCGUGUGGCGUCUGUGGGUUUUCGCCGAACAAUUAAUAUUAUUUACAACGGAAACCAUCGCUGUUUGGGGACCGUCAAAGACGUUCAGUUUCGGAUCAUAAUAUAUUAUUGAGAAGAGAGACCUGAGCGAUCCACCUGCGCUGCAGGUUUGCGGUACUUGGGAAGCAUUGGCGAGGAUGGACCACGGCAAGGAGAAUUCUCGAUCGUUGUUGUUGGGCACCGGUGCGGCUGGCUACGGAGAGUCGCGCCCGCGACGGAAGCGGAGCAAGCGGAAGGCAGUGUCGAGAUCGUCGUCCAUGAAGAGUGUCCCGCUACAAGAGAGAGCCGAUAUUACUCAGCAUCGCAAGCGUGCAGAUCGUAACACCAUUGCCACCAUCUGUGGACUGUCGGAUGAUUCCGCUUUGUCAGCAAGCAAGACAGCUGACUGGCAAUCUAACAAGCAACUGAAAGAUGCCAUCGCUGUCAUAUCACGCAAUCGAAUCACGCAACAAGUUGGAAAGGUCGGAAUCUACAACCAAGCUAAAAUCUCUCAGCCAGUACAGAGAGAAAGUGAAGGCAGCGCCUCAUCUCAGAACACUUCUCAAACCGGAUUGCUAGUGCAGAUGGGAGCUGAGCCACCGCCGGUGCACGCCCCAAUCGCCCUGUCCUCGGCAAACCUCAGCCUGCACAACCAGCUCAUCAUGCAACGGGAUCAAGAGCAGCAACAGCAGCAACAACGUCACCAGCAACCGCAUCUACCACUCGGACUUCACACAGCUGGCAGUCGCUCCGGACCUCUACCGGCACCUGGUUGUCAAGUCAGCGUUCCAGGUGGGGCGGCAGUGUCUGGCCUCGCUGCUUCCGGUGCUGCUGGAAAGGACGGCAAGCGCUUUGAGAAGGAAGUGGACGACAUCUGUGUUCGCCUGGCUCAUUCUAUCAAGCCAGAUAAGGAUUUCAAUAUCUCGUACCGGGAGCAGCUGAUGUCCGAGCUAAGGAACAUGUCCAUAGAAUGCGUUGGAACGUCCUGGUCACCAAUCUGUUCGUCCACCCCGACUGCCACACGCACAAGAGGAGGGCCCAGAAGCGGUAGUAGCAUGUCACCACGGUCACACAGGGAGUCGGCUGCCGCUCUUCUGCCCUCGCUUGAAUCAACAAUGUCGGUAGAAUCCACUCCCGUUCGCAGCACUGUUCCAACGCUCAUUGACGUCUCCUUGCCCAUGGCUCAUCCGGCAUCUAGCAGCUCACCUCGCCUCGCCGUUCCAUCCACCGUCCUUCAGAAGGUCGUGGAACAACAGUAUCCGCUCAACGUGCAAGCUGGUGCUGCCAUCUCAACAACCUUCGCCAAUGCGAGUGCUGCUACCACUGAUAACACUGUCAGAGGCCUCGAUCAGGCAGGGGGAAAUCCCCUGUCCAUUUUCACGGAUGUCAUCAGCUCCCAGAUGAUGAGCUCCGGCGCAGACAACGCUGCCCACACGUCCACCACUUCGCUGGCGUGCGACUCUGGCCUGGGAAUAAUGACGUCGUCUGGUGGACGGACGAGGUCAUCCCUGCUGGACCAGCAGGUGGCAUCUAAUCUGGCGGCCGCGUCGAGUAGACCUCACGUCAGCAUGUACCAGUCGGAUGUACACCCUGCUCGGCACGCCAGCACGUCCGCGAUGGCCUCGGCUGCUGUCGGCGGCGGUGGCGGUGCAUCAUUCUCGCACUGCACCGACUCCAAGGACGUAUCAUGGAACUGGUCUGACCCAGUAAUGUAUGCUCUGGAUGAUGCCAGCCGCCUGCGUACAGCCCAGUAUGAGCAGAAUAGCCGGAGGGCCAGCAGUACGCAUUCCCCGCACCUCGGCAGGUCUGCGAUGAACAUGGACCAUGCACGUCAGCAGCAGCAGCAACAGCAACGCCGAUGCCCCAUAUCCAGGAGUCAGCCCUGCGUGUACACCAGCCUGUCUUCUACAAAUCCCGCCAGCGACCUAGCCACUCGCCACUCCGUACUGGAACUGCUUCCACCACAGCUGCAUCAUCGUCACGACAACGCAAGCAAGAUGGCCGCCGAGCCCUGUGCUCGUAGUCACAGCAACUCAGUGCAGCAGCGUCAGCUGUGGGGUCGCGGCGUGGCGAAUUCUAGCAUCCCCGGCACGUACAGUACGUUGCAUGACCCGCUUGCAGGCGAUCAUCUCGCUCACCAUUCCAUCUCAGCGGCGGCAGCUCCGGUAGCCUCGGCAAACCCAGUUGUCGGUGGUAGCCAGGCUGCGGUGGCAGCAGCCUGCGUUCCUGACUUCCUGGACGUUCUGGAGCAUGAUCAGCUGUCCAUGCUGGGAGCAGGGCGAGGAGGUGAAGGGUUUUGGAGCAACGCUCCACCGCCACCACACCGACUCGCGGCCGAGCUCCUGCCGUUGACCAAGCCAGGCGGCUCGCCCAGCCCGCCGGAUUUCAAGCUGUUUCCCCAGAAGAUGUACUAGUGUGUUCAGGGCAGCAGUGUGGAUGUGCUGAUGCCGAUGCUGCAGUACAGACCUUCGCAAUGUCAAGGAUUUGUGUGUAGUUGUGUGUGUGUGUGGGUGUUCACGGAAAAAGUGUCGAUAUAUUGAUAUUGUAGCGUAAACCUUCAGCAGGUCAUGAAUCCGCAUGUACUUGUGUGUGUGUGUGUGUGUUCCGAAAAGUAGUGUCGAUGCUGAUGCGGAUGUUGCUGCGCAGACCCUCGCAAGGGCAAGGAGUUGCGUGUAUUUGUGUGUUUGUUCAGGGACGUUGUGUCGAUGUGCUGAUGCUGCCGUGUAGCAUGAAUCUACGUUAGAGUUGUUGUGCGUUAUUACGGCUGCUGUUGCUCUACAAAUCAGGAGGCUGUUGCCCGACUUCUCCUGACGUCAUUCCUCAUUCAAUGUACUUACUGAUUUGUUUGGGAUGUACCAGUGAGUCCUUGAACUAAAACUUCUUGCGAGUUUCUUCUUUACUUGUUUAACUUACUGAUUUGUUUGGGAUGUACCAGUGAGUCCUUGAACUUCCUGCGAGUUUCCUCUUUACUUGUUUCCAUAUGGGCUGUUUGAAUGUGUUACUUGAGUUUUUGAGCAACUCACUCUUUGCUCCUGGAACGCUGUUAUGGAGCCCCCCCCCCCUCCAGCCAGUCCCCUGUUGCUGUGGCAGCGUCGUACAUGUAGUGUUUUUAGGAAUAGAGUCAACCAGCCCGGCAUAUAGUACUAUUAUGUACCAGUUUUACCCUUCCGUGUUUGAUAAUUAUGGUGCCAUGCGUUUCUGUGUCUUCUCUCCGCUGUUUUCUGCACUUGGUCCUUGUAUUUUAAUGACCUUUCGACAUAAUUAUGUUGUGUACCCCCC